CUAUACGAAUGUAACUGUCUCAUUCUAGAAGUUCAGUGUGUAUCUUAGAACUUUAUUCUUCUAUGUGGAUACUAAUAGAGUGCGAUUUCAAACAGGAAUAUUGUGUCAACGGUUAAUUUGGAUUGCAAAUUGGAUCUAAAAGCUAUUGCAUUGCAAGCUCGCAAUGCAGAAUACAAUCCCAAGCGUUUCGCUGCAGUGAUUAUGAGGAUUAGAGAACCAAAAACAACAGCCCUAAUAUUUGCUUCUGGAAAGAUGGUUUGUACUGGAGCCAAGAGUGAACAACACUCAAAAUUGGCUGCACGGAAGUUUUCAUGUUAUUUGCAGUAUGCUAGAAUUAUUCAAAAGCUCGGUUUCCAAGCAAAAUUUAAGGAUUUCAAGAUUCAGAACAUAGUUGGUUCCUGUGAUGUUAAAUUUCCUAUUCGACUUGAAGGCCUCGCAUAUGCUCAUGGUGCCUUUUCAAGUUACGAACCUGAAUUGUUCCCUGGAUUAAUCUAUCGGAUGAAACAACCAAAGAUUGUGCUGCUUAUUUUUGUCUCUGGAAAGAUUGUUCUCACUGGAGCCAAGAUCAGAGAUGAGACAUAUGCUGCCUUUGAGAACAUAUACCCCGUUCUCACUGAGUUUCAGAAGGUUCAGCAAUGAUCUAUGAAAAGAUUAGCACCGUCUCUGAAGGAUUCUUGAAGAGCACCGGCACUGCCUCUCGUUUAACUGUAGAUAUUUGUGGGAUUAAACAUCUAUCCUCGUGGAAGCUUACAUAAGAUAUGACAAUGAUAAUAUGGUUGAAGGGUUCUCUUUUCUCCCCCUACCUUUGCAUUGAUGUGUUUGGGGGGGGGGGGGGGUGUUGAGGCAAAAAUUCGGUUAGAAAAGUCAAUAAAUUUGAGUGGUAUACUUAGCUUAUUUUUGGUUAGAAAAUUCAAUAAAUUUGAGUGGAAUACGUCAGCUUGCGCAACCUAGAUAUUUUUGAACAAAUACUGUUUUAAUUACAUUGGUUGAUUGACCUAGUCAUUUGAUGAAUAUGAAAGUGGAUGCAAUCUGGAGUUCUGGUUGCUUAAGAUUGCACA